AUGGGUCGAAAAUACAGAAACCCUCUCCAGAACCCUGCUCACUAUGCAACCCCACAGCUGAAGACGGGCCCACCAGUCACCUAUGCUUCAGCCCAGCGUACCCUCCAAAACUAUGACUACGUGAUUGUGGGGGCGGGAGCAGCGGGCUGCGUGUUAGCCAGCAAGCUCUCCGAAGACAAAAACACCUCCGUCCUUCUCCUUGAAGCAGGCGGGGAUCACAGGAAUGUUCUGGAAAGUCAAAUCCCAUUGAUGUUCACCAAGAUGUAUCAUACAGAGCAUGACUGGGAUUACAACACGGUUGAGCAACCGGCUCUUUCGUCACGCAAGUUAUUUUGGCCGCGUGGACGGAUUCUUGGCGGAUCGACGUCGCUCAACGCUAUGAUGUACCACCACUGCUCGAAAUCCGACUUUGAAGAGUGGAAAAAUGUGCAUGGCUGUGAAGGAUGGGGGUACGAUGAUCUAGCGCCUUACCUGCGCCGCAUGGAGAAGUUCACCCCGAAUACCUCCCGUCCCGCUAUUGAGACCUCCAACCGCGGUACCACGGGGCAAUGGCUGACAGGGUACUCAUGGUUGUCUGAGAUCACCGAAGAGGGCUUUUUGCCUGCUUGCCAUGAUGCCGGGAUUCCUCCGAAUGCAGACAUCAAUACCAAGGAUGGCUCGAUGGGUGUCACUCGUUUCCAAACAUUCAUCGAUCAGAAAGGGCAGCGGUCGUCGAUGGCGACUGCGUUCCUCCCGUCGGAUGUCCUCAACCGGCCCAAUCUAUAUGUCGGGAUCCAUGCCCAGGUCACCAGGAUUCUUUUCGAUACACUCACCACAAAGAGCCCUACCACGAUUGGCGUUGAAUUCAAGACAAGCCGAGACGGCGAGGCGUUCCAGGUCCAUGCGCGUCGAGAGGUUAUCCUCUCGGGAGGCGCCGUCAAUACGCCACAGCUCUUACUGCUUAGUGGAAUAGGGCCCCGCGAGGAGCUCGAGAGCCUUGGGGUUCCAGUGGUGCAAGACAACAGAGCUGUAGGAAAGAACAUGAAGGACCAUCUCUGUCCUACCCCUGUGAUCGUGAAAGCUGAUCCGGCCAAGACACUCGACUAUCUUGGCAAUACUGCCAAGGCUAUUCCAGCUCUGCUUCGCUGGAAGCUCCUUGGAUCCGGCCCAUUGACUAGUAAUGCUGGCGAAGCGGCCGCGUUCAUCCGAUCGACUGAUUAUAGCUUUCCAGCAGCGGAGUCCACUCCAGAAGAUACAACCUCUGGACCUGCAAGUCCCGACUUGGAGAUUAUUGGUGUUCCGCUAGCAUUUAUUCAUCACGCCGAGGAGCCGGUGCCCGAUGGGAGCAGCGUUUUCAGUAUCGCCGCCUGCCAUCUCCGCCCUUUGAGCCACGGAACAAUCUCUCUCAAGAGCAGAGAUGCCUUUGAACAUCCAAUCAUCGACCCCAGAUAUCUCUCUGAUCCCGACGAUAACGACCGCAAAGUACUCCUGGCUGGACUCCGGGUCUGCUUGAGAAUCAUGCGGAGCCCAGCGUUCAAGAAGUUCCUGCAGCCAGUUCCGGAAAACGACGAUCCAUCCUCCUACUGGUGGCCUUAUUCCAGCAGCAACAUUGAGAAGAUUUCUGAUGAUGAUUUAAUCCGGUUUAUGAAAGAGAAAGCCUUCACCCUCUACCACCCGGUAGGCUCAGCUCGGAUGGGUCCGAACCCGGGCAAUAGUGUCGUCGACCUGCAAUGCAAGGUCCAUGGCGUCAAAGGGCUGCGCGUCAUGGAUGCAAGUAUUUUCCCGGAGCAAAUUAGCGGGCAUCCGACGGCGCCUAUCGGUGCUCUGGCAUACAAGCUGAGCGAAAUGAUUAAGGAGGGACGUUCAGGAGAUACCCCGUUAUCCGCACAUCUCUAG